GACCGGACCGCACGGCCACUGGGCAUAGCGAACCUACGCGGACCCGAGCUCAUUACAUGCGGACAAACACAUACACAUAAACAUACACACAUACACUCACCCAUAACCAAACCAUUUACAUAUAUACGACACGUACACACACACACAUACACCAAACAGUGUGAAGAGAAUAGAGAAAAGAAUAAGAGUACAGAAUACAGGAAAGAGUAAAGAGGUGUCAAAUAACCUACAACGAAAGUUCGAUUGACGGCACGUUAAAUCACAAAAAGAGUGUCGUCUCUCAGUCUUCUCUCUGAUUCUGAUAUUAGCCAUCAUUUAUUUGAAACAAUUAAGGCUGCGUUCCGAUAUUUAAUGUCAAUACUGAAAAUCUACAGUAUAUGUGACGUAAACUAUAGAUUUUCAGUACUGGCAAUGAAUAUCGGAACGCAGCCUAAAUUAAAGGAACCGCGGACAAUCGCGGUACAUCUCUCUUUCGGUGACGAAAUAGAAAAGAAUGAUAUAAUCGAUAAUGUCAUCACUCUUCAAUUAUCACUGGGUCACGAGAAAUUACCCAGGAUUGACAAUCUUUAAUAAUAUCUGCGUCAGUGACAGUUGUUGAGUUGUAUCGUGGCCGUGAAUGCAGCUAAGCACAGCUAAGUUAAUACGCAAAUCACACGAGUUGUACGACAGAAACUAAUACAGGGCAUGUUCAACCCCAACGAUCAUCGCCCUACAAAAUCAUAGAAAUCCUGGUACUUUGUCCUGUUGGGACAGAAAUCCAAAGAGAAAGGAAGAAAAAGAAGAGUUGUACGACAGCCGAUUAUAAAUACGUUUUUUUUUAACUGCAUUGCUCUGUGUUCGAUGUUUUAUAUCACAAUUUUCUUUGUGCUGGACUUAUCACGAUGACUACCACGAUAACUAUUCUACCCGACGAGAUAAUUGUCAUCAUCCUGCAGCAAAAAAGCGUCAGUAUUCAGGAUGUCGUCAAUUUCGCCUCUACGUGCAAACGAUUUCUCAGUGUGAUUGACAACAAGCUGUGGCAAAGGAAGCUUUAUCAGAGGUGGCCUUAUUUGAAAAAAUUUUAUGACAAAUGCAUACCAAGUAAAGAAUCCAUAAAUUUUAAGGACAAUGUGAAAAAAGGCAUAAAAUGUAGAAAUGAAUUGCGACGUUACUUAACGCUCAUGUCUGAGAGAUUCUUUCAUAAAACCGAGUUAUGCGAUAUUGACUUGAAAGAUUUUGAUAGUCUACUAGAUUCAGAUACAAAUGCACAAACCGUGAAUUACUAUUUUGUCAAGGAGGAACUGACAUAUCUGAUUGGAAUGUCUCCAUUAUUACCUAAUUGUAAUUUGACACAUAAAUAUUACAGUAAGAAACUUCUUCCUUAUGUACAGCGGCAUAAUGUAAAAAAUGUAUGGCAGGAAUUUAUGAAUUAUCCUAAAGAACAGCAACUUUUAGAACAAGCUGCUACUAUUAUAGCACAAUGGUAUCAACCCAAAAAAAAUAUUUUUUAUUCAGACGUGGAAGCAUCGCUGAAUAAUAUUGCACAGCAGGUAUUGGAGAGCCUUAAAAAUAUAUAUCCCGAACACUCCAUAUUUUUAACAUCUGCUGAGCAAUUUUCUUUUUGGAAAUAUAACAAUAUCAACGACAAAGAAUGGGGCAAGAAGGAAGAAAGACAAAUUAUAGAUGUACUUCGAAUGGUUUUAUUUAAUAAAUUAGGUUUUCGUGCAGUUUCAGACCCAAACAUUUUUAAUCCCCCUAAACCAGAGGACAUUCUUAUAGAUUGUGUUUUAGAAAGCACAAUUGGUAACGCUUUAUCUUUGGCAAUAAUAUUCCAAAGUGUAGCCAGAAGACUUGGCGUGCGUUGUGAUCUGAUAUCUUUUCCCACUCACUUUUUUUUAAGUUGGAAACCGAACUGCAAUGCAGAAAAAUCUGAAGAUGAAGAAUGUUUCUAUAUUGACAUUAUGAACGAUGGAGCCAUUCGGAGCAAAAACGAUUGUCCUAAAACUCGUGGUAGAAGAUGUCCCAUAGAAAGUUUUAAUAGACACAAUGAAAUUAGUCCUACAGAGAUGGUGUUACGGCUAAUUAAUCAAUUACAAAUGGUAAAUCCUAACUACCACCAAUAUUAUCACGACAGGACCUCGCAAAUACGCUCAUUAUUGGAACUCCGAUAUAUCAUAGAACCAAACAAUAUAGAUACGAUUGAAAUGCUAGGUCGCCAUUACAUGCAGAACCAAAUUAAUUUAUCUGAUCUCAUGAACACAUUACGAACGAAUCAGUUUUUCGAAGAUAUGAUGUUUCCUGAAAGCAGAAAAGCUGAGAUGCUAAUAAUGUUUGAAAUGCAUGACGCGGCUACACCGAAAUCUACAAAUUGUAUAAUACCAAAGGAAAGAUCAGGAAACAUAAAAUAUGCGGUUGGAAUGAUUGUUACUUGUAACAGUAGUUAUAUUACGAAUCAUGGUGUAAUCAUUGGAUGGGAUAAGAUGUAUAAUUCAAAUGUAAACAUAGAACCUAAUUACAGAAUUUUAUAUGGUCACCCUUGUCCUGGUGCCAAUACCUUGAAACAACCGUUUUACACAAUUCUUAGUGAAAACGGUAAUAUGUAUUACGCUGCCGAAGAUUCUUUAAUAAAAACAUGUCCGCCAAGAUGGAUUGAACACAACGAGAUUGGUCGAUAUUUUCAUAAAUACGUACAGUCCCACUAUAUACCUAAUACGAUACUAACAAGAUACUAUCCAUAUGAUCUGGCUAUUCUUAAUACACUUUGUUAUGACUAAAUACCCUCCUUGUGAGAUCUCUGGCAGCGAUCCCUAACGUACUCCAACAAGGGGUACAAUAACUUUAUCUGCCAGAAUCUCUUCAUUGUCCGCAUCUUUAAUCUGUGAUUAAAAUCCUAUCACGAUCAAAAAAAUUCUACAGUAUGUUACUUUCCACUUAGAGAACAAUGAUAAUUUCAUAUAAUAAGAAAACAGUCACAUAAUUAAAUAAUAAUAAGUUGCGAUAUUUUACAAUUCGCUGAACACAAAUUAUAGUACACAAGAAAAAUAGAAUAGGAAUAAAAUAUAAUACAUGAAAACUCAGAUUUUCAUAUUCAUAGUAUUACUUUUUAAGAUAAAUGUAUCAAAGAUACUUGGUAUAUAAUUGUGUGUGUGUGUGUGUGUGUGUGUGUGUGUGUGUGUGUGUGUGUGUGUGUGUGUGUGUGUGUGUGUGUGUGUGUGUGUGUGUGUGUGUGUGUGUGUGUGUUCUGAUUGUUUUAAAAGUAGGGAAGCAAUGAUGUAUAAAUAACUUAUGAGAUUUUUUGAAAUAAAGAUUUGUAUAUAUAUCUUCCUACUGUACAAAAGAAACGACUUGUAUGUAUAAAUAUUUCAUAAAUAUAUAUUUUAUAUAUGUAUUUACAUAAAAAUAUAGUUCACUUUUAUGAUA